AUGGGAGAACACGUCGUCUUUUUCUACGGUACCCUAAUGGCCCCCCAAAUCCUCCAUCGCGUAAUUCACGGCCGCCCAGACCCAGAACCCUGGCAAAAGGACCUCCUCACCUUCCAACCAGCCAUCCUCCACGGCUACCGACGACACCGCGUACGCGGGGCCGAUUACCCCGGAAUCACCCCUGCAACAGAGCCUCAAUCGCAGUCUCAAUCGCAAGGAGAAGAGCAAGAGUCAACUGGAUCAACGCGCAAAGCAUCCGUCCUCGGAACGCUAGUCUCGGGCCUAACAGACGGCGACAUCCAUCGUCUUGAUAUCUUCGAGGGGUCCGAGUACACGCGCAAGCUAGUCAAGGUGCGGACGUUGCGGGAGUCAUUGAGCCAGGAACAAAGUGAUGAUCAAACGAAUCCGGAUGGCCAUUUGAGGGAUGUGCUGGAUGCGGCGGGGGCGGAGUUUGCGGAUGAAGGGGAGGAGGACGUGAAUGCGGUAGCUUAUGUGUAUGUUGCUGGGGAGGGGAGGUUGGAGGAUGUGGAGUGGGAUUUUGAGACGUUUAAGAGGGAUAAGAUGGCGUGGUGGGUUGGGGCUGACGAAAGUGAGUGGUGA